AUGACACACGACGUGUAUAUAUGGGCGGUGGACGUUUCGCGGUGGAAUGCAGUGGCGUAUUCCCGUGUUGAGGGAAAGAACACGCAGCGGCUGCCAUGGAUGGAUGCGUUGGACGAGGAAAUCGCUUUUUUUCUAGAUGCCUACGACACGAAAGCGGCAGCGAAGGUACGCCGUUACUUGCGCGGUGUGGAUCGCAUACGUGCCUUGGUGGCUACGGUCAUGGCACGUGUCAUGCUCAUGGAAAACGAUCCUACCUGUGCAUGGAAGGAUAUUGAGAUCACGACCACGCCUGGAGGUCGUCCCUAUGUCAAGCAGCCAGCCACGGUGCAGCAUUGGGACUGGAACGCCUCGCAUGAUGGAGAUUGGGUCGUGAUGGCGUAUACCAAAGAAGGACGCGUAGGCGCUGAUGUCAUGGAGGUGGGUCUGCCUUCGUUUGAGAAAAGUAGUCGUACAUUCUGCGAGACGUUGAAGCAGUCCAUGACGUCGGCAGAGUAUGAAUGGAUUCUAGAAAGUGGCUCAGAAGAUCUCAUGUUGUCCCGCCUGAUGGAUUUAUGGACGUACAAAGAAGCGUUUACCAAGAAUAUUGGCGCAGGCCUAGGCUUUGAUUUCCGCCGAGUUCAAGUACUGCGCGAUGCGAACGAUGACAUGGCCCUGAGUAUCGAUGGGCAACGUAACGAUCGAUACCGCUUCAUCCAAGUGGAUUUACCACAUGGUCAAGCACAGCGAUCUCAUACAAACCAUUCACGUAUUGCGGUGGUGCACGGCCCCUUGCCAGCGCCGUAUCCGGGGCAACAUGCGCCUGUCCCAUGCACCGAGGCCCAGCAACAAGGAUGGCUCCGUACAUGGACAGUGGAUGAAUUUCUAGACUAUGCACAUACACAGCAUCAACGGUGA